AAAUUGUUGAUAAAAGGAAGCCAAAGAUUAGUGUUUGGCCCAAAGACGAGAUCGGUGGUCUUCAUCUUCUGUCUGUUGCAUAGCACGGUGGUUGCAGCAACACCACCCCAUCACUCACUAUGAAGCUGUCCUUGAAGUUCCAGGGUGAUGAAAACCACCACGAACACAGCGAACAAAUCAUGACGGCGAAGGUACCCAUGACUAUACUGAACAAGCCCUUUCUUUCAGCCGUCACCGCCACCACCGCCACCACCGCCACCAACUCCGUUUCCGAGUUUUCCUUCUCACUCUCUUCAAACUUCACAUCAGGCCCAUCCCUCAAAGUCUCUUACACGCCCACCGCCUCUCAACCCUUCUCCCUCUCUCUCAAGUCGGGCCUGGGCCUCUUGGGCUCACCGGCCCACUCCCCUCUCGUCUUCUCCGCUAACUUCUCCCUAUCCCCAACCCCGACCCCUUUUUUCUCUCUGCAAUUCAAACCCCAAUUCGGCCACUUCUCUCUCCACAAAACCGUUUUCUCCGAUACCCCACCACCCCCUUCUCCUCUCCCUCCCACACCUCAAAUUGUGUCCAACGAAUCUUCCUCGGGUUGGCAGAAUCUGAAAUUGGAACCGUUCGAUAACAGAGACCAAUCACACCCUAACAUUUUGGAAAACUCUAAGAACGAUGCAAAGCACAGUCUCUCUCCUGUCAUUAGGGUUAUGGCGCGGACGGUGGUGCCUGUUACGAAAGGUUUCUUCUUGAACUUCCGCUGGGGGGUGAAUUUUCCCCGGAAUUUCAGUUCGAAAAUGCCGAGCUUAACCGUGAAUAAGAUUGGGUUAGAGAGGAUUGAGGAUGGGAAAGAGAGUAAUAAUAAUGAUAGUCAGAAAAAAAGGGUCAGUUCUGAAAUUGAUUUGCAGCUGUUGAAGGAAAUGUGUUUUUGGAUGGGGAGAGAUUUGGAGAAUGUGGAGAGGGAAAAUAGGGAGAUGAAAAGUGUAUUGGAUGAGAUGAAAAUGGGAAUUUCCACCGCCAGAAAAGAAGUGGUGCUGCAACCAAGCAGAGUGAGUGAAACCUCUUCUGGGGAGUUGCAGCGUCGAAGAAGUUACAAGAACGGCAGACAAGAGGAUGAGAAAAAAGUGCAGCCAAACAAAUCGCAGAGUGUGGCCACUGACGUGGAAUCUGAGUUGCAGAAAGCCAUUAAGGCUGCUACCUCUUAGCAAGGUCAAGGUUGUUGGCUGUUACCACUUUUUUAUUAUGCUUUCAAUGUUUGCCUGCCUUGCAAUGUGUAUAAAAUCUCAGCUUUUCUUUCUCGUUUCUUAACAAUUACCGAUUUUGUUUAUUGUUACAUGUUCACUUAUGUGUAUGGCAAAGGAUGAGGGAAAUCUUGGUUUUUUUGUAACUGUACUUUGUAAUCUUAUCAUUAUUUUUGCGUUUAGAUGGAUACACAA